CAUUCAGAAAAAAAAAAGAAACAAAAUCCCGGAGCCGGGCGGCGUUGCCCGCGGAACUCGGUGUAACAAUUUCCAGCGCGUCGAGCCCGCCGCUGCCCCGGGCCCCGAUGGCUCCGGAGCGCGGGGCUCGCUCGCUGCCCUGCGGCACGGAGGGGCUGCCCAGAGCCUUCCUGCAAAGCCUGCGGACCCUCUUCGACAUCCUGGAUGACCGGCGGCGGGGCUACGUGCACCUGCGGGAGAUCGAGUCCCGCUGGCGGGGGGCCGAGGCCCGCGAGCUCCCCCCCGGCGUGCUGGAGGGGCUGCGGCAGGCGGCCCCGGCCAGCGGCUACCUCACCUUCGAGAGGUUCGUGCUGGGGCUCCGGGCCUCGCUGCUGAGCCCCGCGAACGGGGGGAAAGCGGCCCGGCCGGCCCCGGGAGGAUGCGACCCCCACGGCAAGGGCGGGCCGGGCCGAGGUCAAGGGGAGCCCAGGCCGCUGGCCGAGAAGGGCAGGUGCUCGAGCGGGCUCGCCGGCAGCGCGUCCCGCAGCAUGGAGAAGAUCCCCAGCCCGCCGGGAGCCCCCGCGCCCCGGGCCGAGGGGGAGAGCCGGGGCAGGAGCAGAGGUGCCGAUGGGAAGCCCACAGGACAGUCCCAUGGCGAGGGCAGUUGCACAGGAGUGGCGGACGAUCGGCGGCAUGAGAGAGGUCGCGGUGAGCACCGGAGACACACCAUCACCAACGGGGUGGACUAUGGCAUGCUGAAGCAAAUGAAGGAGCUGGAGCAGGAGAAGGACUUCCUGCUCCAGGGGCUGGAGAUGGUGGAGCACGCCCGGGAAUGGUACCACCAGCAGAUCCAGACAGUGCAGGAGCGCCAGAAACACCUGGGGAAAAACAAAACCACAAACGACUUCUUCCUGGAGGGGAACCAAAGCCACCUGGGUCGCCUUCUACCCAAGCUGCAGGAAGUGAACCGCUGCCUCGGAGAGCUCCUGUCCGCCUCGGGGAAGCCUCUGAACUCCUCCUCGUCGGCGCUGAGCAGACAGGUCCCUGCUGCUCCUGCCCUGGCAGGGCCCCAGCAAGCCAUCACUAUGCUGAAGGAGCAAAACCGGCUUCUCACCAAGGAAGUGACUGAGAAGAGCGAGCGAAUCACCCAGCUGGAGCAGGAGAAAUCUGCCCUGAUCAAGCAGCUGUUUGAGGCACGGGCCCGAAAUAACCAUGAAACAAGCCAGCUGGACUCCACCUUCAUCUAGCCCCCCAGCUGACCUCCCACACCCCAGGCCAGGGCUCUGGGGAGGGGCUGGGCAGGGACACCACUGCAAAAGCAGCCCCAGCCAGCCUAGUUCAGACACCAGGUCUGAGCCUCCAUGGGGCCUAGGCUUAUUGUGGGUUCCUAGGGGGCCGUGACCUCUGCCUAGGUCUCAUUGGGUCCCUUGCUCCUUGGAGAUGCUGUGCCUCAUUUGUGAUAGGUCCGGAGGUGCUAGCAAAGCACCUGAACUGAUCCGUGUCUGAUACCAGAGCCUGUCCCAGGCCUCUCUUGCAGAGCUCUGGCAUCGCCCCACAUCUGUGCCCUGUGUUGUGACUGGACAACAUCUCUGUCUUGGGUAUGCUGCUGCCCUUCUGCCUUGGAAACCGAGCGGGGCACCAUGCAAGUCUUCUCGAUUCAUUUCACUCGUGGCUGGGGGAGCACCGUACUCCAAGGUUUUCUCCUCUCUCCAAGUGCUGUCGCUGCAGCUGUACAGUAUUCAGCCCAUUGCAUGACACGGCUGAAUGCUGGCUGCUUUCUGAAGAGGACUGUGUAUUGCUGUUUAACACUCCUGUUGGCAUCUAAGGGGCACAGGGACCACUCAGAGGCUAUUCCCUCAUGUGCCUAACCCUUCACUCCAGCACUGGGCUAGCUUCAAUGUCCGUGAUGGUACUGUCCCAAGCUUCAACCACUCAUGACACCAAGACCCUAUUUGCAGGAGCUGUGCAGAUCCUCAUAGCACGAUAGCCCCCCUCUCUCGUGUUCGAAGUAGCGAUGAAAUAGUCAAUGUUUACACUUCAACUGACAUAAUUAAGUUUUGGGGUUAACACCCCAGUCAGAUGCAUGGGACAGUUCCCAGCUCUGAGGUACUGUUCCAGGCUGCCUGCAGACUCAGGCACACAUCCCUGCAUCAGUUACACUCAGUUAGUAUAGAAAAGAUUUUCCUUGUGACCCCACCAGGGGUAACAAGUUUUGGUUGGUUGGUUUGUUUGCUUGAAAUGCACAAGGGAGCAGCUAGCAGGCUCCUGGAGCCAGCCCACUCCUUCCCCUGGAACCCAGGAGGUUUCGGGACUAAGAAUCCCUACCGAACAACCUCAGCUGGAGGGCAGGAUGUAGAUGGACUGUUCCCUUCCCUCCCCACUUCGGCCUGCCUGCUGAGCGGUGAAGAAAUUGCAGCUUUGCUGGGCUGAAUGCUGUAGUCACCUUCCCAGGGCAUGACCUGUUUACAGAGGUGGAUGGGUUUUCUGGAAGCAUGAGACACGCUGAGCAGCACCUGUCUCCCCACCCCCCAUGUUUCUCUUCACACUCCUCAUCAGCGCAGAGCUGCCUUGACCAGGCAGGGCCCUGGGAUCAUAUUGUGACACUGAAGGACAUCGCUGACACCAAUGUAGUUUAGCUGCUGUUUCCCUCUCCCCUUAAUGGGCUUUCCUGUUCCCAGCUGCCCCCUUUCCAGAGCCCAGCCUCCAUCCAAGCACCACCCUUGAGCCUUGGCCCGUUUGCAGCAUGUGAGAUCUCUGGCCAGCCUGGGCCCAACAGCCUGGCUUCCUGCCCCAGCCCGCCUGGCUCUUUAUAGCUUCAAGGGGGAGGGGACAGGGAAGGCAAACACAGUCCCAUGCUGCUGUAUGUGGCUGGGGCUGUCAGUGGGGAUUGUGUCCAGUCUCCAUGCUAAGCAGGGAAGGGGGCUUCGUUCCUCACCCGGCAUUCAUCCUCCACCCCGCCACCGUCAAACUGGGCAGACACGUGGCUGCCAGAAAAGCCUCUUGUAGCUGCUCCCUUUGUCUCCCGUGACUCCCCAGCGCCACAGAGCGGUGCCAGAACAGAGUUCUCUCGGGCUCAGGCAUUAACGGAGCUGCCUGCUCCCUCCACCCACCCUAAAUCUCUGCCUAGGUGACUGUACAAAGUGAAUGGACCUUUAAUUCCCCCAAAGCACAGCACGGAGACAGCAGUUUGACAAACCUUCCUCUGAUCUGCCUGGCUGCCCACAGGCUCUAAACCCAACUCCCACAUCGACUGAACAAUGCUGGGAAAGGAGGUGACCUUCAGCGCAGUGGGGUCCCAGUGCUGAGUGGCAGACAGAGUUGCUGUAAUGAUAUCGCCCACCCUGCAGCUAUCGGAACGGGGGGUCUCUGGCCAGGCACCAAGGAAAUGGCUCUGCCCCCGCUAAGGCCAGUCUCCACCAGGUUCCUGGGAAGAGCUGCACUGGCAGGAGGCCCAGUUGCAGAGCUCUCUGGGCCUGAGUUUGCUUUCCUGCCCUUUCACUAGGCUUUGCACCCUCUGCCCCGGGGAGCUGAGCUGAAUAUGCUGUUCCUGGAGCUGCCACAGGAGGAGCUGAACAAAGCCUGGGGUUUCAGGCUGAGCUCACCUUCCCGUUCUGUGCUUAAGCACAUGGCGCCUGGUGUGUGUCUGUUCACGUACCAGCUUCCCUUGGACCUUUGCCCUGGGGCUGUUUCCCUCCCAUGAGAUGUGUGCGCCUGGCCCUGCUGCCUGCAGGCGCUUGUUUCUGUUCCUAGGAGGGGGUUAGAGGGCUGCCCUACCUCCCCCUGCUGCUACGGGCAUUAUGAAUCCCCUCGUGAAUGUUUACAGCUUGGCCUCGAGGCAGCUGCCAGCUGCGUCUGUAGCAGUAGCUGAGCUCCUUGGUGAGGUUUUAUAUUGUCUAACGACACUGUGAUAGUCCACAGGCUUUUUUCAAAUAAAAACCAAAAAUAAC